CUAAAACCUACUCCUUAGAAUAGGUAGCCUAUAUACUAGGAACCUCUUAUUACCCAAGAGCUAUUAAUAGCUAAUAUAAGUAAUUCUCAGUCUCGCUGUUAGCCAGCAACUUGACCAGCACUUCGUCCUGAGGAGCGCGGAAUGACACAGCAAUGUCUUUGCUCUCCAGCCUGCAAGCUUCCUCCCCCUUGGACUAAAAAGCGGACGCUGCCCACUUCGAGCCGGGUAACAGAUGCAAACAUGGCCCUGAAAGACGUGAAGAACCCCAAAAAGCAACUAAGAAGGAGACUUCAUGGCCUGGAAAGCAAAGUUCACGCCUACCGCUCGCGGAGAGACUUUCCUCCGGCAGACUUAGAGACCUUGCUUCUGCGCCCAACUGCAAGAAAUGUCCUCCUGGAAGACCUGGAGACAGCCAGCGCCGGCACCAAGCUCGCGAGAGCCAGCUUUGCAACCCCACCUCGACUUAGGAACGAGAAGGUCAUGAUCAGGAGGAAGAGUCGGGCUAUAGCAGAAAUGGCCAAGUCGUUUCUGCCGGAGCCGCCACGCCUUAGAUCCGAAUUCUCAGACAAGGCGUAGUGAGAGAGAAUCUCCGUAUAGGCACAUCCUAGCUCGCGGUAUAGGCUUCGGCAUUUGCUGGCGAUCUCGUUGCGGUCGUGCACAACCUCCUGGCAAAGGACGCGAAGGCGUUGGUUCUCUCGGUCUACUUGCAUUCUAC